UUUCUAUUUAUGUUAGUGUAGGAUUUACAUAUUAUGAGAGAACAGAGAGGAGGGAUGAGAUAGUUUUAGGCUGAGGUGCCGUCAAUUGUUUCACAGUCAUUUUCAAGUCUAAAAAGCCGAAGCACCUUACAUUGUCCUUGUAACUCCUCCUCUCUGUCUCUCUCUUGGUCUCUUUUAACUCUUUCUCCUUGGAGUGUAAUCAGCUAUUGAGGCAGGGUUGGGAAGAGGGGUUCUCUCAAAUGGAUGUAAUGUGCAAAAUCAGAUCGGUCUUAACAUUAAUAGGAGGAGUUCUGAAUAAGGCUGUGAGCUUCAUUGUCUUCUGUAUUCUUGACCUUGUUGAUUUCAUUCUAUGCUUUGUUUACAAAGUGAUUGACUUCUGCAUUGAAGCUGAAUGGAAGCCUUGUUACUGCUCCUCUGCUAAAGAAGCCAUCACUGGCAGCGGCAAGAUCUUAGUCUCGGAACAGGGCGAAUCCAAGAUUGUUUGCCUCACUCCAAGCAAGUUACAGCUGGAGGACAUUUCAGAUACCCUCUAUUCACGUCCUUCUCUUGUGACCGAGGUCUCAAAGCUGACCGUCAAUGAGCUGAAGAAGCUCAAAUUGGAUGGCACCAUCAUACAAUCUUGCGAGAAGAUCAAGAAAGGAACAGUGCGAUCAACGUUCACCAUUAACUCUACCAUUGUGGAAAUGCUUCAGGGCAAGAUGGUUGGGCAGCAAUUGCAUCCCAUUCCUAGAUGGUCUGAUUGCGAUUGUAAACUCUGUAAUUCUUGGACCUCUUCUAGCAAAGACACCCUUUUUGUCAAAGCUCAGGGACCAAAAGAUAAAGCACGAGAAGAUGUGUUAUUCAUUCAUGGCUUCAUUUCAUCAUCAGCAUUUUGGACUGAAACUUUAUUCCCCAACUUUUCAAGCACGGCUAAAUCAACUUAUCGGUUGUUGGCAGUUGAUCUACUGGGUUUUGGAAGAAGUCCUAAGCCCACAGACUCCCUUUACACCUUAAGAGAGCAUGUGGACAUGAUUGAAAAGUCCGUGCUUGAAGCAUACAAAGUUAAAUCUUUCCACAUUGUGGCUCAUUCCUUAGGCUGCAUCUUAGCCCUUGCUAUAGCUGUAAAACACCCUGGAUCUGUCAAGUCCCUCACCUUACUUGCACCGCCAUAUUAUCCAGUGCCGAAGGGUGAACCACCAACACAAUAUGUUAUGCGAAAAGUAGCACCCCGACGAGUGUGGCCGGUGAUGGCUUUUUGUGCAUCCAUUGGUUGCUGGUACGAGCACAUCACCCGGACGGUUUGCCUGGUCAUAUGCAAGAACCACCGGCUGUGGGAAUUUCUCACCAAACUUAUCACCAGAAACAGGAUCAGGACUUUUUUGCUUGAAGGUUUCUUCUGCCACACCCAUAACGCAGCCUGGCAUACUCUUCACAACAUUAUUUGUGGCACCGCCAGCAAGCUCGACCGCUAUCUGGACGCCGUCCGCGACCGGGUAAAAUGCGACGUUACCAUAUUCCACGGCAAAGACGACGAAGUAAUCCCGCUGGAAUGUAGCUACGAUGUUCAAAGAAGAAUCCCUCGUGCUCGAGUUAAGGCUGUCGAAAACAAAGAUCACAUUACAAUCGUUGUGGGUAGACAAGAGGCGUUUGCCAGGGAGCUUGAGGAGAUUUGGAAGCGAUCAAGCAGUGAUUAAGUCCUUUAAUUACACUCUUCUUUUCUGGGCCAAAUUAUAAUUAAUAGCAGAAAAAUAACAGUGUGAAAUCUGCAUGUCGAAUUGUGAAGUGGGUAAAUAUGACAUUAGAUUCCGAUUGCGAGGUUUUCUGUUUAAUUCCUCAAAAGAUCUGUCAAAGUCAAUAUUUUAGGCCAUGUGAGAUCGUUUACCUCUUAUUCGAUCGGGUUGUGAAAUGCGUAAUUAAUUGUAAUCAUAUGAAUUUUUAUAAGAAACACAAGUGUCAUAGUAAACAUCUGCCAAUUAAAUACGUCCUUUUCUUUA